GGGAAAGGGGAGGGGGGGCGGGAUCUGUGCGUCAGCGAAAACCCCGACGGCGGCGGCGGGGAGCGCGUUGACGUCACGUGCUCGACGCCGCGCCUCCGCCUCCAGUCACCCGGCCGGGGAGGCGGGGCCGAGCCUGAGCGCGCUGCCUUUGCGCGGAGCGGAGUCACUAGCUCGGCUGCCGGCCCCAGGGUGGAGUUGGAAAGAAGUAGUCCUGUGGAGGUUGCGUUUCUAUUUUUAACCCGAUUGUCCGCCCUCAGCCUCUCUCCUUCCGAUUUUCUCAGUCAAGCCGACUUUUCGCCAUUUGAGUUCUCACGCUUUGUCUAAAGCCUUUGGCAGACAUUUCCCUUUCCUCCUUACUCCCCACCCAACAAGAACGUGUUAGAAGGAUUCGGCUCGAGAAGAGAAAAUGAACUGCUGUUUAGCUUCUGGGUCUUCUCGCCUGUUUAUGAAGUUUCCCCCGUCCGGUUCCCUCACACUCCCCUUCGGUUCUAAAGUCCAGCCUGAGCAUUGCUCUGAUGCUCCCGGGAAGGAGCGGGGCGGGCGGCGCUCGCCCGCUCACUCGCCCGCCCGCCCGCUCGCUCGCGCAAGGUCACGGGUGGUUGUGCAGAGUCAGGAAGUGUUCCGCCGACUUGCCGCCAGUCUUCGGCCCCGGCGACACCGUUCUGAACAAACUGUUUUGGCCAGCCUGUAAAAUCCCUGGAAAUCGACUCUUCCAGCAGAGCCUCGUGAACUGCCUCACAACAGUGGUGAGACAGACACAUGUCUGUUUAUGGAAGAGAAAUUUGUGACUCAGAAAAGUUUAGUAACUGGAUCAAAGUUACUGAGACAACAGAAGCAGAGCCAGGCCUCAAACCCAGGUCUUCUGAUGCCAAAGCCAGCAUUCUUUCUUGUACACCACAGCUGCCAUCUGGAACUUGAAACCCAAUUACUCACUGAGCUAAGGAUCAUGGUUGAUUUAUUUCAAACCUAGGAUCCAGUGAAGAAACAGGCUUCUGGAUUACCAUAAAAUUGGUAAACACAAUUAUAUACUUAAUGUUUGAAAGAGGAAUGAAGGGUAAACAUUCCUUAGACUCUUACUACUGAGGAAACCAGACCAGCCAUUCAAGUGAUGAACCCUGUGACAUCUAACGACUGCUGAGCUUUCAGCUAUCAUGUAAGAAGUCUGCCUACCCUGGGGCCACCACAUGGAGUGACCACAUACUUACAUAUAGAGAGAGAUGGCCCAGAGUUCAAGUCUCCAGCUAUUGAAGGCUUCCAUCCUGGGUAACAGACAAUUGAAGGAAGAAGACUUUGAGAUGCUGUCAGCCCCAACCAUUGUCUGACCACAACUACGUGAGGGACCUGCAUGCAGUCAGAACUACCAGCUGAGCCAAGCUGACCUCCAGACUUGCUUAAUAAUCUUGCCAAAUGGGUGAAAAUUGAUACCUGUUGGAGGAGGUCAUGAAGAGGAUAUGAUCGCUGAUUGACCCAUGCGCUGGACUUGGACUUGGGCAACUGGAGGCUUCUCACCCCCUUCCCUGCCCUUGGAAUGUAUGUUCUGCCUACAAUUCCCAUAGCUGGAGCUGUUUUGAGGACAUAGCCUUGAGAGAGUAAGGUGUUGAGACCAUCUGGAGUGAAUAUGUGACUGAACCCAGUUAAGGCCUCUAUAUAAACUCCUAAGAUUCUGGCAGGUGGGUGCAGAGAUCUACUUGUCUUGUGAUGCCCAAGACAAGUUCUCCUGUAAGUUCCCUUGCUUAUUAAAAUCGCCACCUACCAAGUAGGUGCAAAACCAACUGUUGUUGAACUGGGCAGGAGACUGAAGAAAUGGAUCUUGGAAAAGAGGCAUCCAUAGGGGAAACCCAGGGUUGGCCAUCAUCCUUCAUGUCAAGAGGGGUUGCUCAUAUGUUACAUGCUUGUGGACCACCACAUGAGUAUGGUGAUGCCCCGAAAAUGCCCACUGGUUUAAUGCACUUGUUUGAGGAACUGAGCAUAACACACUGCUGCAAAGAAGAGAAAUGAACCGCCGCGCAGUGGGCUGGCCUCUAGGGUGGGCAGCACGACUUGACACUGAUGACCAACCAGAGGCUGAAGCUUGAGUUAGAAAGUUGGAAGAAGAACUGAGGUUAGAGAAGGAUGUGCACUGUCCACUGCCCUGCUCGCUUCGGGGCUGGCAGACAAGGUGGGAGAGCAGGAUGAUUAAGUUGCAGACUUUAGCAUGCUGUUUUGCAAGGCCAGGAGGGCUCAAGCUGCCAUGGAUUAAGGUCUGAGCACCUGUGACAAAGCCUGAUUGGGACACUAAGUGGUGGACUCCCUGGGAAAGUGCGGAAAACAAAGGAGGAUUUUAUGGUGAUUGACAGUGAAACUGAUGAUACACCCCAUGCCAUUGGACCCAUAAUUCAAAGGAAAGCAAAAACACAGCAACAACAACCCCAGCCAGUAAGGCAGCCCCCAAUUCAGGAAACGUACCUGAUGAGAGAAUAUAUGCUCACUGAGCUUACUGAUAUAAUUAUCAAGUUCCAACAAAAGGCCAGGAAAAUAUCCAGGAAUGAUUUUGCUGGAACACCUGUGAGCAAGUGUAUGGGAGGUGAAUACACAGAAAACUGAAGGUGCAGUCACCAAUGUAAAGUUUCCGGGAGUCAUGUGAUCAGACUGUGAAAUGGCACCAGGGAGCACUUUCAGCAACAGGCAGAACUGUGUGCAUGUGCCGGACCAGACCUGAAACAUUUGUCCCUUCAACCUGUCAUCCUUCUUCAAGUGAACCGGCAGCCGAGACGUUCUGACAGGACACCACCAGGAUGCCGCCCAAGAAAGUGCAAAUCCAAGUGGAGGAAAAAGAAGAUGAUACUGAGGAAAGUUCAAGUGAAGAGGAAGAGGAGGAGGAAGACAAACUACCUCGAAGAGAGAGCAUGAGACCAAAGAGGAAACGGACCAGAGAUGUUAUCAAUGAAGAUGACCCAGAACCUGAACCAGAGGAUGAAGAAACGAGGAAGGCCAGAGAAAAAGAGAGAAGGAGGAGGCUGAGGAGAGGAGCGGAAGAAGAAGAAGAAAUUGAUGAAGAGGAAUUGGAAAGAUUGAAGGCAGAGUUAGAUGAGAAUAGACAAAUGAUUGCUGCUGUCAAAUGCAAGCCUUGGAAAAUGGAGAAGAAAAUUGAAGUUCUCAAGGAAGCAAAAAAAUUUGUGAGUGAAAAUGAAGGGGCUCUUGGGAAAGGAAAAGGAAAACGGUGGUUUGCAUUUAAGAUGAUGAUGGCCAAGAAAUGGGCAAAAUUUCUUCGUGAUUUUGAGAACUUCAAAGCUGCUUGUGUCCCCUGGGAAAAUAAAAUCAAGGCAAUUGAAAGUCAGUUUGGCUCAUCGGUGGCCUCAUACUUCCUCUUCUUGAGAUGGAUGUAUGGAGUAAAUAUGGUUCUCUUUAUCCUGACAUUCAGCCUUAUCAUGUUGCCAGAGUACCUCUGGGGUUUGCCAUAUGGCAGUUUACCUCGGAAAACGGUUCCCAGAGCUGAAGAGGCAUCGGCAGCCAACUUUGGUGUGUUGUAUGACUUCAAUGGAUUGGCUCAAUAUUCUGUCCUCUUUUAUGGCUAUUACGACAAUAAACGAACAAUUGGAUGGAUGAAUUUCAGACUGCCACUAUCCUAUUUUCUGGUGGGGAUCAUGUGCAUUGGAUACAGCUUUCUGGUUGUCCUUAAAGCGAUGACCAAAAAUAUUGGUGAUGACGGAGGUGGUGAUGACAACACUUUCAACUUCAGCUGGAAGGUGUUCACCAGCUGGGACUACCUGAUUGGCAAUCCUGAAACAGCAGACAACAAGUUCAAUUCUAUCACGAUGAACUUUAAGGAAGCUAUAAUAGAAGAAAGAGCAGCCCAAGUAGAAGAAAACGUCCACUUGAUCAGAUUCCUGAGGUUUCUCGCUAACUUCUUCGUGUUUCUUACACUUGGCGGGAGUGGAUACCUCAUCUUUUGGGCUGUGAAGCGAUCCCAGGAAUUUGCGCAGCAAGAUCCUGACACCCUUGGGUGGUGGGAAAAAAAUGAAAUGAACAUGGUCAUGUCCCUCCUGGGGAUGUUCUGUCCAACAUUGUUUGACUUAUUUGCUGAAUUGGAAGACUACCAUCCCCUCAUCGCUCUGAAAUGGCUCCUGGGACGCAUUUUUGCUCUUCUUUUAGGCAACUUGUAUGUAUUUAUUCUUGCCUUGAUGGAUGAGAUUAACAACAAGAUUGAAGAGGAGAAGCUAGUAAAGGCCAAUAUUACCCUAUGGGAAGCCAACAUGAUCAAGGCCUACAAUGCAUCACUCACUGGAAAUACCACUGGGCCACCCUUUUUUGUGCACCCUGCAGAUGUACCUCGAGGACCCUGCUGGGAAACAAUGGUGGGGCAGGAAUUUGUGCGGCUGACCGUUUCUGAUGUUCUGACCACCUAUGUCACAAUUCUCAUUGGGGAUUUUCUCCGAGCAUGUUUUGUGAGGUUUUGCAAUUACUGCUGGUGCUGGGAUUUGGAAUAUGGAUAUCCUUCAUACACCGAAUUUGACAUCAGUGGCAAUGUCCUGGCUCUGAUCUUCAAUCAAGGAAUGAUCUGGAUGGGCUCCUUCUUCGCUCCCAGCCUCCCGGGCAUCAAUAUCCUUCGGCUCCACACGUCCAUGUACUUCCAGUGCUGGGCUGUGAUGUGCUGCAACGUUCCCGAGGCCAGGGUGUUCAAAGCUUCCAGAUCGAAUAACUUCUACCUGGGAAUGCUCUUGCUCAUCCUCUUCUUGUCCACCAUGCCCGUCCUGUACAUGAUCGUGUCCCUCCCGCCAUCUUUCGAUUGUGGCCCCUUCAGUGGCAAAAAUAGGAUGUUUGAAGUCAUUGGAGAAACACUGGAACAUGAUUUUCCAAGCUGGAUGGCAAAGAUCUUGAGACAGCUUUCUAAUCCUGGAUUAGUUAUUGCUGUUGUUUUGGUUAUGGUUUUGACUAUCUAUUAUCUCAAUGCUACUGCAAAGGGCCAGAAGGCAGCAAAUCUGGCUAAAAAGAAGAUGAAACAGCAAGCUUUGGAGAACAAACUGCGAAACAAGAAAAUGGCAGCUGCACGAGCAGCUGCAGCUGCUGGAGGCCAGUAAUUUUGAUGGAUAUUCUGGAGGCCCAGAAGUAUUCCUCACCAUACUGUUCAAAAGCAGUGACUUAUGUGAAGGCCCAGAGAACAAACAUGGAGAGUUGCUACUUCCCUGUUCUAAACCAGGUGGAUUAUCAAGGUCACGCAGGUCAAUCAAGGCAUCACCAGUCCUAGUAAAAAAAGAAGGAUCUCUACCUUAUUCCAAAUUAGGGAUUUGUUUCUGCACCACCACUUUCUCCCCUGAGCCAGUCCCCUCACAUUUUCUUUAACAAAUUGAGUUUAAAAUUGUGUAUGAUGGAGAAGUAUGGAUUACUGGCUUACUCGUUGGGUUAAUUUAAAAACCUUUUACUCAUAUGGACUUUCAUUUUAUACAUAUCUUCUGGCUUAGUUUUCUUAGCCUGGAAACAGGAAUAUUUCACCCUCUUUUUUCUUCUAAGUUCAGAAAUAUCUUUAUAAAGUAUUCAUUGCAAUCAUUCGUUAACUCUUUUUUUUUUUUUUUUUGGAAAUUAACAUCUUGCUUUCCCUUUUCAUUCUGUCUCCCCAUCCAUGGUCCCCACAAAUAUACACCCAAAACCUUUUUAUUUGCUUCUGGAUUCAGUAUGAAAAGGAAUGGGCUUUUUAGAAGAAAAAUCUCAUGGGUUAUCUCUUCGGGCUUCUGAGAGGUACACAUAGUUUAAACCAUAUCAAGAGGUUUAUAUUAGCAAACUUUGACCUGAACUGUGUUUUCUCAUCCUGAUGGGUCCCUACAAGUACCAGAGCCAGAGUCCAUCGGGUAUGGGAAUGUACUGGUGACCCACGUCUUACUAUAUAUGGUGAGGUAUGGUUCCCUAGUUGACUUUGGGGUUUAGCCUUUGCUAUCUUCAUUCCUCAGUGGAUGGGUCAGUAGGAAGAGAUUUUGUGUCAGUUUCCCUGCCUAAUAUUCCAGCGUCUUCUCUGGACUGGACUUUAAUUCAGUCAACUUGAUUGGAACUUGGACUAUUUCAGUGCUUUACUAGACCCUUCCCAGAAGCGUAUGUGCAAAUUGUGGGGGAGUGAGUUUGUAAUAAACACUGGGACCACACUGAGUGCAUGACCACCAGGAACUACAAUGAGGCCAGUACCUCUUAAUCUGUUUACUAAAUAUUUAUCAAACGUUAUGUGUCAAACAUUUAUCAAACAUUAUAUAUCUUAAGUAUCACCUGCUCUCUAGAUUUUCUCUACCACUUUCUGCCCUACCUGCUAUAUCCUUAGUUGCUAUCAUCUUCCAGAAUACUAGAUACUAGAACUUGCAAAGCUGUUUUAGGAUUGAACAAAAUUAAUGAUACCUUCCCACUCAGGGCAAGACUGUCCCUUUCUUCUCAAUGACACAGAUAUUAUAGUACACUAUCAGUAUUCAGAAAAAAGAUUUGCUUUCUCUUAUUCUCUAUUAAGUGCAAUGUCCAACAAAAUCCAGUUAUUAUUCUACAUUUUUCAGCUCUCUUCCAAAGUUAGGACAUCUUGAUGGACAAAUAACCCUAGACGUCAGAGUUGGCAUCACAUGCUUAGUAGAUGGGACGCAAACAAAGGAGUUUAGCCCACAAUGGAAAACCAAGUUCCUGUGGAAAAAAACAAGGGAGUGUUUUAGCAGAGGGAAUCCAAUGCAAUGUGGGUAAGAUGGGAGUCUGAUGACUUUACUGCCUCCCUUGAGUCAAAAAUAUGGACCUGGAUAAUAUCCAGUUACAACUUUCUUUUGCCUUGUUUGGUUCACAAAAGUAAAAAAGUGUUUUCACAAUUCAUUUGUAAAGAAAUAUAUAUUAAAAGAGUAAGUAAGCAGGCUUCAAAAAUAAGAGACUUAAGAAUGGGAUGGGCAGAUGUUCUCAGCUCUCAACUCAGAUACGCACUUGAUUUUUCAGAAGACACAUUGAGACCUAAGAAUAUUUUAAAAAAUAAACUGUAGUCAUAGCCUUUGUUCACAUCUACUUCCUGCAAGAAGGAAACAGCAUUAUAUGAUGGUGACAAGAUUUCUCAAGGCCCUAUAUGAGGUUUCUUUUUCUCAAAGUUCUCUUGUAAUGGAUUGCCUUGGAUGGUCCAGCUGCCUUUACCAGAAUGGGUCUUGGUGACUUAGUAAUUAUGAACAAUGGAACAAUGUAUACAUGAAAUACUUGACCUCUUCUGGGAACUUAGGUAUUAUAUAACACACAUCUAUUUCAUACACACCAAGAAGUUUUCAUACAAAUCCUUGGUCAUUUAAAAAUUUAUAAUAGUGGUACAUGUUCAUUACAGCAAAUUUAGAAAUUUUUAAUAGAAUUAAAAAAGCAAAAGAACCUAUAAUUCCACCACCCAGAAUAACUUCUGUUAACAUUUUGGUGUAUUUUUUUCUCAGAUUCACACACACAUACAGACUCAAUAAAAUAUUUUGGAUCAUAAGAUAUAUUUAGUCUUUAUCCUUCUUAUUUAACAUUUCUUAUUUAACUUUUUCCCACGUCAUAAAGAUUACUUCAGGACAUUUUUUAAUGGCUACAAAAUAUUUUUUUAUAUUAAUACAGCAUAAUUAGUUUAUUCUACUGUUGUACAUUUAGGUUGAUUAAAGAUUAAAUAUUAACUUUAAAUUUGGGUCCUUUCAGAACACAUAUUUAUGCAAAAGCAUUAGUUUGUAUGGACUUUUAACUCAACACAUAUACAUUUGAAGACAGUUUUGGUCAAUUUGCUGAUACAAUUAUAUUACUUUCUAUUACUUUCCUGAUUCAGAGCAAUUAGCCUUAAAUGUCACUAAAUUUUCUCUUGAUACUGUUUUGCUUAUGGCUAUAUAAAAACUUUUUAGGAACCAUCUCAUUUUUUUUAAUCUUGUUUUUGGAAGUCAAGUUUCACAUGCUGAAUCAAAUUAAGGAUCAUCCACAUAUGAUACCCAAUACAAAUU